GGGCAGGGACUUCGAGUGGGGAGGGAAGAGAAGCGAAAAGAAGGGAAGGAGCAGAGGAAGGCUGCAGAGGACUUCAUCUCCCUUCUUCUCCGUUGCUUCCUGACCACAGGACAGCUCCACGCGCCCACUCCAGAACCCACUCCAGAACCCGAGCAGAAAUCCAAAGUAUACCAACACACCUGGACCACCUUUGUGAGCUGAUGCUGCAAUGGCCCUGCUGAAAUACUUCUGGAGAUUGCGACCCCCUCGCCUGUCACUUCAUCAGAGCAAGAGAUGCCUCACCUCUCCAAUCGUCUCACACUAUGACGCCAUAAAUUUGGGGGAACAGGAGGUGCCCGAGUACUUCAAUUUUGCAAGUGACGUUAUGGACAGAUGGAUGCAGAUGGAAAAGGAUGGAACAACGCCCCUGAACCCAGUCUUCUGGUGGGUAAAUGAACAGAAAGAAGAGGUGAAGUGGACCUAUGAAGAACUGGCCGUCUUGUCCCGAAAAGCAGCUAAUGUGCUUACUGGUCCGUGCGGCUUGCAGAGAGGUGAUCGACUCCUGAUGAUUCUCCCAAGAAUUCCCGAGUGGUGGUUACUUGUUCUGGCGAGUAUACGGACAGGCAUUAUUUUCAUUCCAGGGACGUCCCAACUAACAGCAAAAGACAUUUCCUAUAGACUCCAGGCCUCCAAAGCCAAAGGCAUUGCAGUCAGUGAUACAUUGGCCCCUGCAGUGGAUUCAGUUGCUUCCGAAUGCAAGUUGCUGAAAACCAAGCUUAUUGUGUCUAAAGAUGGCAGGGAUGGCUGGCUGAAUUUCAAGGAACUUUUGCAGGCUGCACCUGCUGAUCACAAUUGUGUUAGAACAAAGAGUGAUGACACUUUAGCCAUCUACUUUACCAGUGGGACUACAGGAACUCCCAAAAUGGUGGCACAUUCCCACUCCUGCUAUGGCAUUGGAUUGACAACUAUUGGCAGGAGCUUCAUGAAUCUGAGCCGUUCAUCUGUAUUCUGGAACCUAUCAGACCCAGGAUGGGUAAAGUCAGCCUGGUGCUGUUUGUUUACUCCAUGGAUUAAUGGCGCAUGUGUCUUUAUACAUCACUUGCCGGUGUUUGACCCUACAGUUGUAUUAAAUACUCUUGCCAGUUAUCCAGUCACCAACUUCUGCACACCUCCUACUGGAUACCGGAUGCUGGUACAGCAUGAUAUCACAAGGUACAAAUUCAUGAGUCUGAACCACUGUGUGACAGGAGGGGAAGCACUCAACCCAGAAGUGUAUGAAAACUGGAAGAAACAAACUGGCCUGGAUAUCUAUGAAGGAUAUGGACAAACUGAAACAGUAGCAGUAUGUGCAAAUAUAAGAGGAAAGAAAAUUAAACCAGGUUCCAUGGGAGUGGCAGUUCCACCAUAUGAUGUUCAGAUUAUAGAUGAUGAAGGCAAUAUCCAGCCUCCAGGGACAGAAGGAGAUAUUGCUAUCAGAAUCAAACCAAAGCGGCCAUUUUGUCUUUUCCAACAGUAUGUCGAUAACCCUGAGAAAACUGCAGCCAGUGAGCGCGGGGAUUUUUACUCCACUGGCGACAGAGGGCUUAUUGAUGAAGAAGGCUACAUUUGGUUUGUUGGAAGGUCGGAUGAUGUCAUUAAUUCCUCUGGAUACCGUAUUGGCCCCUUUGAAGUGGAAAGUGCCUUGAUCGAACACCCAGCAGUUGUCGAAUCUGCUGUUGUCAGCAGCCCAGACCCUGUCAGAACAGAGGUGGUGAAAGCUUUUAUAGUCUUGUCUCCGAAUUAUACAUCACAUGAUCCAGAAAAGCUUAUCAAGGAACUUCAAGAUCAUGUAAAAAAGGUCACUGCUCCCUACAAAUAUCCCAGAAAGAUUGAGUUUGUCCAAGAACUACCGAAGACACCUACUGGGAAAGUCCAAAGGAAUGUAUUAAGGAACCGAGAAUGGGGGAAAAUCUAGCUUCGGAUAAGCUUAGCAAAUGAUGGUUCCCCUCAUCCCUGCCCUUGUCUAUUGAGAUGGAUAAUUUCCCACUAUUGUCUCAAUUUCUGAUAUAUUUUUUCAAAGAAUUUUGUUCUAAAAAUGCUAAGCAGAAACAUUGACACAGUCAAGAAAGAACUGUACUUUUGACCCACAGAUACUCCUAGAAUAGAUCUGAAAUUCUCCCAAGAUUCAUGAUUUCUGUCUUAAGAUUAUGGACAAUUGGUGGGUAUUCUUUGCAAAAUAAAACCAAAACAUAGGAGGAAAGAUAGGCGCACGCUGGGGAGAGGAGGCAUUGGAGACGGGAGCGAAGGCAAGGAGACAAACUAUUUGAACAAAACAUAUAGCAUUGUUCGAAUAGAUAACAUUAAAUCAAUACUUAUGCAAAAAUAUACCUUUUACCUCUGAGAAAAGGGUUACCUUGAAGGCUACAUAGAGGCUGAGGGGACAAUUUUGUCCCAUUUCUGCCCUGUUUGUAACAUCUCAAAUCCAGAAGAUGCUUUCUUAAAGACAAGAAAUGGUAUUGUCAAAGGCUUUCAUGACCGGAAUCACUGGAUUGUUGUAAGUUUUUUGGGCCAUAUGGCCACGUUCUGGAAGCAUUCUCUCCUGACGUUUCAGUUGCAUCUAUGGCAGGCAUCUUUAGAGAUUGUGAGGUAUGAGACAAGAAAUUCUCAGGACAUGCCAUGGAAAAGGCAUCCUCUGGACCUAAAAUAGUCUUGUUUUCACCAAAAAUGUGUCAAUAAUGCUAAGGAGGAUGUUGGAAGCAUUUGAAGAUACAAACCAUAUUGAUUUUUUUUCUUUCUGGGAGCCUGGCCCUCCAGUGCACCCUCUAACUACCAGUAGUUGCCCACCUUUGCCCUAUAAUAAAUAAGACAAGAAGCAUCAAUAUCAAUAAGUGUCAAAGGCUUGGGUCAUCUAUUAUGGCCUAUGUUCUGUAACUUUAUGGAUACUUAACUGUGACAUGACAUUCUUCUGAAACUGUGAAAAUGCUUAAGGGGAUAUCAGCAAGUGCCUUCAUGAGCAUCAAGCUGUACCAAUAUACAUCAGCUCUCCUUAGCUAGGGCUUUGAUGCACAUCACUGCAAUGUGCAUCAGUCUCAUUGUGCAUCCAUCCCAAUGUUCAUCAGUUACUUUUCCAGCUUCCCUAUGCAGUAACUUCAUGGCAGUUCCUUGCUGAAUAUGGAUUUUAUAGAACUGCCCAACUGCUGUGGACAUAAGUGCACUUACGAAGUUCCACAUAAGCUGUGAAGAUGUUAGAUCCUACAUAAGCUUUCUGGCCAAAAUUAUACUUUUGGCAUAUUUUUUAUACUAUGACUCAAACAGGAUCCAGUGCUCUAAAAUAAGCUCUGCUCCUGAAUAUAGCCACCUUCUUGUCUCCUUUCUUGUCCUGUAACCAAAAUAAAGUGUAUUUCAUAAGAUGCCUA